GAAGAAAAAGAAGAAGAAGUCACUUCCGGUGACUUGUCAGAAAGCAAGUAUUUAGCAGUUGUCAUGGCAACUAAACAUUUAUUUCUCUUAAAUAGAUAGCACAAUAUCAGCCAAUAACAUUUAUGUGCCGACUUUCAUCUUGAUACGAACACGGACGACAAGAUUUGGACUUGAUACGAACAUGGACGACAACAUUUGGACUUGAUACAAACAUGGAGGGAGACGCCGUUCGACUGCUGGUGAAAGUCACCCAGGACGGAGACUUUAGUCGGCUGCUAGAAGUCUUCCAGUCCUGCGGUCCCUCGGCCUGCCAGCUGCUCCACCUGGGCCGGGCCGGGGACUCUCUUCUGCACCACGCCGCCAGACAUGGUCGUCUGGACUUCUUGGACUUCCUCAUCGGAGACGUCGGCAUGGACCUGGAAGUCUGCAACCUGGACUACAAGAGACCUCUGCACGAAGCUGCGUCCAUGGGCCACACCGCCUGUGUCUCCUACUUGCUCAGCCGAGGAGCCCGCGUCGACUGCUUGAAGAAAGCCGACUGGACACCGUUGAUGAUGGCUUGCACUCGCAGGAACCUCGACUUGAUCCAAGAGCUGAUCCAGCACUCAGCAGACCCUCUCCUGAAGAACAAAGAUGGCUGGAAUGCCUUCCACAUUGCCUGCAGGGAGGGUGAUCCCGGCGUGGUGAGCUAUCUUCUUACCGCCGCUCCAGAUGUGUGGAGAACGGAGAGUAAGACGCGUAGGACGCCGCUGCACACAGCCGCCAUGCACGGCUGUGAGGAAGUUGUUCAAAUCUUACUUGAGAGAUGUGGCUACACCCCAGAUGCCAAGGACAGCUGUGGAGUCACUCCUUUCAUGGACGCUGCGAGGAACGGACACGUCUCAGUGGCCAGGCUUCUCCUGACCAAACACCAGGCGUCUCCAACAGCAGCUGACACGCUUGGAGCUCAGACGGUGCACCACGUGGCUGUCACCGGCCAGGAGGAGGCGCUGCACUUCCUGGUAAAGGAGCUCAAUGUGGACGUGAACCAGAGGGCGACUGGAAUGCAGCUGACGGCCUUGCAUUAUGCCGCCAAGGAAGGCCAUGUUUCCACCAUAAAGACCCUGCUGGAUUUGGGUGCCAAUAUUCACGCUCAGGACAAGAAGAGAAGAACCGCUCUCCACAUGGCUUCCAUCGGUCAGCAUGCAGAUGCUGUCAGGACUUUGCUGCAGCUCGGACUGGAAGAUUCCCAGGAUGCAUCUGGGAUUACAGCCCGACAGCAUGCCAAAAAAACCCACAUAAUGCUCCUUUUUGACUGAUUUGAUCUGCUUAGAGUUGGGAUGUAUUAAACGCAUUUACUCCUUUUAUUUGAA